CCGGGGGCAGAGGUGUCGGACGCCGGGAGGUGUGAGGGCUGCCCCCGCUGGGGUGGCUGGGGCCGCGGUGUGCCCUGAGGGGCUGGGGUCGCGCCGGGCGUGGCGCCUCGGGGAGGUGUGCGUGUGCUGGGGGUGGCUCACCUGCCGCGGGGGGUGGUGAGCGGCGCGGCGGCGGCGGCGGCGAGCGGGAGCGGGGAGCAGGCUGCGGAGACAUUUGAUGAUGGCCAUGGUGAAGCUCAGGCGACGUCCCCUGCCAUCCCGUGGGCUGCCUUUCCCACAGGGAAAAAUGCAAUUUCCAUUGUGAGCUGCCUUCCAGAGCUUAUGGUAGAACUCCGCUGACGUUGCUCCGAUGCCAAUGUGGAAUAAAGUGUCUGCAGUCCACCUGUCACCGGCUGCUCCUGACCUCGUAGUGGACCGCGACCACCCUGCCGCUCUCGGCCGCCUCUCCUCUGAUGCCGUCACUUCCUCCCCGGAGAAUACACAAGCAGACAACAGCAGUAUCCAGCAGUCGACGCACACUCAUCUGGAUAUCUCACUGUUUCCAUUGGGUUUAACUGAUGAGAAAAACCAUGGAACACUUGCCCUCGUGGACGACUCUGAGGGUCCCAGAGCCAACGUGUCAGACAUCGAGCUUCAGCAGAAGAUUACAAGUCUGGAGAUGAAGCUCAAAGCAUCUGAAGAAGAAAAACUGAGAAUUAAGAAGGAUGUGGAAUCGCUGAUGGAAAAGCAUAGUGUCUUAGAAAAAGACUUCCUAAAAGAAAAAGAACAGGAGGCUCUCUCUUUCCAAGAUAGAUACAAAGAACUUCAGGAUAAACACAAGCAAGAAUUGGAAGACAUGAGGAAGGCUGGUCAUGAAGCUCUCAGUAUUAUUGUGGAUGAAUAUAAGGCGCUGCUGCAGUCUUCAGUUAAGCAACAAGUGGAAGCUAUUGAAAAACAGUACAUUUCCGCCAUUGAGAAGCAAGCACACAGGUGUGAGGAGUUGCUGAAUGCCCAGCAUCAGAGGCUCCUGGAAAUGUUAGACACAGAGAAGGAACUCUUAAAGGAAAAAAUAAAGGAAGCUUUGGUUCAGCAGUCUCAAGAACAGAAGGAAAUAUUGGGAAAAUGUCUGGAGGAAGAAAGACAAAAAAAUAAGGAGGCAUUAGAAUCUGCUACAAAGCUUGAGAAAGAAGCAGUGAAGGAUGCGGUUUUAAAAGCCAUAGAAGAAGAAAGGAAAAAUUUGGAAAAAGUCCAUGCUGAAGAAAGGGAAUUGUGGAAGACAGAGCAUGCAAAAGAUCAAGAAAAAGUAUCUGAGGCAAUUCAAAAAGCUGUGCAGGAACAAAGGAAAAUAAGUCAGGAAACUGUUAAGGAAGCAAUAAUGGAGGAGCAGAAGCGAAGUGAAAAGGCUGUGGAAGAGGCAGUGAGAAGAGCAAGAGAGGAACUGAUAGAGUAUGUCAGAGAACAGAAGAGGCUGGACCAAGUCAUCCGCCAGCGAAGCCUGUGCAGCCUGGAGCUGUUCCUGUCCUGUGCUCAGAAGCAGCUGAGCGCCCUGAUAGCUACGGAGCCCGUCGACAUUGAGUAGAGAACCUGCCGAGGUGACCCACACUGGCAUCGUGCAGAUCCUUAGACUCUCAAAUACACGCUGUGAAUGAUUAAGACGCUCUGGGUUUGUUUUUUCCCCUACCCGCCCCCCCCCCCCCACUUUCGACAAUGAUUUCCAGAUCAAAAUUUAGAAGAAUUGAAACUGAUCUAAUUUGCUGUCUGUUGUCUUCUCCUGCACAGUGACCAUUACACUGUUAGCAGCAGCAACAGAACGUGAGGUUGGCGCAGAAGCCCUCGCACGGUGCGACAUUAUCACAAGUUAGUUCAGUGAACUUUAUAGCCCCUGGUUGGCCUGUUCUAUUUUAUUUGGCAAGAGGAGUAAGUCUUUUAUUGUUUCACAAUGAUUCUUGGUAAGAUGCUAACAUGUAAUCAUUUAUUUGACUUAAAUGGGAAUGCCAUGGAUUUCAGCAUUUAUCUAUGUAAGUUGGGUAUAAAAUGCUGGUAUGAUUCAAAGAAAAAUCAUUCUCUUAUUACCAAACCAGUUAACUACAGUGGGGUCCAUAUUUUUGUUGGUCUACACUAAAAACAAAAACACAAAUCAAAAUAAAGAUGACUAUGUUAUACAACUGUGGUCAGAUAUGCCUGCCACUUAAACUCAAAGGGUAUGUCUAAUAAAUGCUUACCUUCUAUUUCUGGGCUUCAAAUGCACUAGGAAUUGAUGAAGUGAUUCUUCUCAUGUAUUCAAUCAUAACAGAAUAUUGAUCAGCCAUUUAUAGGAACUCUUUUUCAAAUACAGAACAUAUGAGAUUUCUUCUCAAACUUCAGAAUGUUCUUUAAUGAGCAGUGUGCCUCCAUGAAAAAUUGAGUAUUUGUAACAUCAGAACUAAAUGUCACUAAAACAUGUAUGCAAGUGUUUUGUCUUGUUUUCUGAAAUGCUCUACUCUCAUGCGCUUUAUACUUUUCUGAGACCUCUCAGUAUAAUAAAAAGAGCUCCAAAAAUUUA